AUGAACUUGAGUGCUACUUCAACUGUAUCAAUGCCACCUCCUUUAACUCCCCAGUUGUACGCAGAAUAUCUGAGCGGCAAGCGAAUCACGAUCGUGGUGGGACCGGUGUUCAAGGGCUUCGAACUGAGAACGGCUGGGGCAUUGGAGCGUGCAAUGGCUAAGGGAUUCGAGCUCGCAACGGUCAAGGGAUUCGAGCUCUCGGAGUCCAUGCUCGCACAUGCCUCACCAUACUUUGCGAGUGCGUUCAAGGAUGGUAGACUAACCUACGAGCAUGCUUUCCUUGGCAUUCGCGCUGUAGUACUCCACAAUGUUACAAUCCGCUCUUUUGAAUUGGCCAUAUCGUACAUCUUCUCGUUUGAGAAGCGCUUCUUCAAGUUCGGCGUGAUCGGCUUCGGGGACGAGGGAGAUUUUAUCAGCGCGAUGAUAGAACUGAGCAGUCUCAACGAGACACUCCUCAUCCCAGGUCUGGACGAGGUUACGCGCAGCAGCUUGUCCUCGGUCCUGGCCAACAGCGACGCUCUUGGGAAUGAGCACAUCAGGAGAGCUUUCGAGCUUCUAGAGCCAAAGUCGGGAACACGAGAUGCGAUUGUUCGAAAAGCCUUCGCACACUUUCAGAGCAGAGACUGGGAGCUAGAGAGCCGAAACAUCUACGACGACUGGAAGUUCGGAGAGGCGCUUGAAAAUGAGAACGGAUUGCAGAGCGCAUUACAGAAGGGAGGGAGCACUACGACGUUCAACUUGAACUGUGACCUUGAGCAAAGGGUAUCGAGAUUUGCUCAUGGUAGCAAGAAGCAGUCUCCAACUCGAGAUUGA